AUGGCGAACGAAGCUUUCACGGUGUCGCGCGACAAAUUGACGGGACCCAAAGGCGUGACCGCCUUAGUAACGGGCGGCUCGUCAGGCAUUGGCCUGCAAACAGUCAUCAUCCUCCACGAGCUCGGCAAUAAUGUGAUCGUGGUGGACAGAGCCCGACCUCAUCCAGCGGCGCCACCGUCGUUGAUCUCGUCGCCUCGCUUUCUGUAUCAACAAUGUGAUAUCACCUCAUGGAAACAGCAGCGAGCCGCCUUUGAGGCGGGAUACCAGAAGUUUGGGUCCAUUGAUUGCGUCUUUGUCAACGCGGGCAUUGCAGAAUACAAGGACCAAUUCUUCAAGGACGAAUUGGAUGCGGAUGGGCUGCUCAAGGAGCCGGAUAGGAGAGUUAUCGACAUUGACAUGCACGCGGCCAAUGACACGGCGAAACUGGCCAUUCACUAUAUGAGGAAGAAGGGGUCCGGCCAGAACAGAGGAGGGAGCAUCGUCAUGACGGCGAGUCUUGCGGGUUAUCUGGCCAGUGCUGGGGCACCGUUGUACAGUGCCGCAAAGCACGGUAUUGUGGGCCUGAUGAGGGCGCUGAAAAACGACACAGCAACACUGGGGAUCGCCGUCUCUGUGGUGGCGCCCGGCAUCACCUUGACCGAUAUCAUCUCGGGCCGCAAACCCGAGGAGUCUCUGGCCAACUGGGCUCAAAGAAUGAGAGGGGUGGGCGUUCCCAUCAACGAUCCACAAGAGGUGGCAUGCUGCGUGGUGUACCUGAUGAGCCAGGGCAUGGAGGCCAACGGCAAAGGGCUACUGGUUCAAGCCGGACGGGUGGCAGACUUGGAGAAGGGAAUAGCGACAACGAGGAAGAUGUGGAUGGGCGAGGAGAUGCUGAACCUGUUCCGAGGGGGGCGGAAUGCACCGUUGUUUCCCAACAAGCUGUAG